AACACUGAUUUUCAACGACGAAAAAAUGAUUGAUUUUCAAUUCGGCAUUGUUUGGUUGAAUCCGUUUAGCUUUAUUUAGACCGCACAAUACUAUUUAUAGUAGCGAUAAACUUGUUUACUGUCAACCGAGUUAAUCUGGGUAUCCGAUUUUUAAAGUUAAACAUUAUUUUUAAAGAAUAAAAUGCCUGUCUAUGUUACAUUUUGUUCAACCAAAGAAUGUUGGUCCUUUUCGAAUCUAUCUGCAAAGCCAGUUGAAGAUCUUUUACAGCAUGUUUUACCAGAAAAAGAGAGGUCAUUUUUUUACAUUUUAUGCAAUGGUCGAAAAGUUUCUUCAGGCAGUAUUUUGGAGGAUGACAGAAUAUAUCACAUUGUUCCGAGAGUUUUUGGUGGUAAAGGAGGCUUUGGAUCUAUGCUUCGUGCUAUUGGAGCUCAAAUUGAAAAAACAACUAGUAGAGAGGCAUGCAGAGAUCUCAGUGGUAGAAGGAUGCGGGAUAUUAAUAAUGAAAAGAAAUUAAAGGAAUGGCUAGCUAAAGAAGCAGAAAGAGAGCGUGAGAAGGAACAGCGAAAACAGGACCGUCUUGCCAAACGACUAACUUCACAUCAGCACAAAUUUGAGGAUAAAGAAUAUUAUGAGCAGAGAGCUAAAGUACAAGAAGAUUUAGAAGAUGCACUAAGUAAAGGUUUAAAAAGAAAGCAGAACAAAAGUGAACCAAGUGGGGCUUCUUCAACCAAAAAGUCAAAGGCAGAAUGGCUGGGUGUAGAAUUGGACUCAGAUGAUUUAGAAAGUGGCUCUGAUAAUGAAGCCCAACCUUGUGAGCCGUGUUCAUCACAAAGCACUAGUGGCCUCAAGGUACAGACAGAAACAAGUCAAAGCGCUAGUUGUAGUACAGACAGUAACUCAAGUCCAGCUUCAUCAACAGAGCCCAGGUUGCAAGAAGACACAACUGAUUCCACAACAGCUGAUGGUUCAGUUCAUUCAUCAUCUGACAGCUGUUUGGAGGUAACCAAAGACAAGGGAGAAAGUGAUAACCCAUUACCAUCAGCACAGCCUUGUGCCUCACUGGAACCUCUUGAUCUGGAUCAGAUCACCAGCAGUCAGGAACUCUGCCGCUUUGGACUGGAAAGAUUAAAGACUGAGUUGAUGGCAAGAGGACUCAAGUGUGGUGGUACACUUGAAGAGAGGGCUGCCAGGCUUUUUGCUGUCAAAGGGCUGGCACCAGAUGAGAUUGAUCCAUCACUUUUGGCCAAAUCUAAAGGGAAGGGGAAAAAAUUGAAGUAAAUGCAUGGGAAACAGUAUAUUUUAUAACAGCAUGAUCAGCUUCAAUGCUCUAUCUAAAAAAAAUAUGCCUAUAUUUUUAUUCAUUACAAAUGGUUGAAAUAGAAUUAAAACUUAUUUUUUCAGAAGUAAGAAAAAUUUACUACAGGUUAAGAUAUAGGAAAAUGCUUGUUAAUUAUCAAAUAAUUAAGGAAAGGAGAAUUAAUCUGUAGGUUGGACUGGUUGAAAAUAAAAUCUAAAUGUAAGACAUGCUAUCAAUGAUUGAAAUCAAUAAAAUCAUUAACACUUUU